AUCUAAGAAAAAAAAGGGUGCAGAUAUUUUUACAAACCGGAUAGGUUAGAUAUUUUUUAAAAUAAUAUUUUUCAAAACACCGAAAUAGGACACGUGUUCCUCACUCCUCAAUUGCUGACGCUUCCUCCCGAUUCUCUCCUCAAGAACAAGCAAUACGAUUAAGACGCGUGUCCUCUCCUCUCACCUCAUAACAAUUUCCUUCACAUCACAACCAACCAUUAAACCGACACGUUUCGGUUUAAACUCACCCUUUAAGACACAUAUAUAUCAUCGCCUUCAAAAAAACCUUAAACUAUAAUUUUUUUUCUUUCCCCCAAAAUCUCUAAACAUAAAAAUUAGUUUUAAAAGGGAAAGAAAAAAGAGAAAUGAAUGCGAAUACUAACCGGAGGUUCAAACCUUCGCCGUCGCCGCAGGGCUCCGAGUCUGACGACUCCGGCAUCUUCAACGAGCGGAUACUUCUUCUUGUGUUUCGGACGAUCAAGUGGGAUUUGCGAACGCUUUGCAUUACAGCUUCUCUUAAUCGAAAGCUUCGAGCCAUAGCUGAGAGAUUGCUAUGGCGAGAACUCUGUUUCAAUCGAGCUCCUCGAAUGUUAGCUGCAUUGACUACUGGAGCUCCCAAUGCUCGAGUCGGCGGUGGAUGGAACGCGCUUGCUAAGUUGAUGUUCUUCUGCUGUGGUUGCCAGUCCAGCCGUCAUUUCAAGGUGGCUCAGCCUUUGCCAGGACACUUUGUUCACGAAUCGCGCUUCUCCAAAACCUCAGGCCAGAGCUUCCUCACCAAGAAAUGCCGGGGAGAUUUGCUUUAUGUGAGCGAUCCUUGUGAGCAUUCUAAUGGGAGGGAUGAGGAUAAUUUAGGGAUUUACAGAGGAAUCUUUCGGGGAUUUAUGAGAUCGAAAACUAGGGCAUUCUUGAUUAAACGAGAGGUGAGGUUGGAAGAAACAACCAGAUGCCCCUAUUGUGGGGCUCGGGUAUGGAGUAUGACAACGGCUCGACUCGUGCCAAAGAGCGUGGCGAGGCGGCUUGGGACACACGAUGGAGGUCUUGAAUAUUUUGUUUGUGUGAAUGGGCAUUUACAUGGCUCUUGUUGGCUUGUUCCUUUAUCAUCAGAGGAGGACGAUGGUGGAAACAGCAAGGAUGUGGACGAUGAAGAGGAGGAGGAGGAGGAGGAAGAGGAGGUGGAGUGUUAUGGAGAAGUUGGUGAGAUGGGGUUCGAUGAUCGAACGGUGACGGACGAAAGCAGGAGCUCGAGGGGGGGAGGGCCAGUGCCGACGGGACAGAUUAGAACGAAGUUAAAGGUGGGGAUGGAGUAGAAACUAGAAAGGAUGUUGGAUUUGGGAAGAGAAUUGUUGUUGAAAUUGAAGAGAAAGGAUUAGAACAAAUUUAGUGGUUAACAAGUGAGCAGCAGAUCGAAGAUAGAUUGGAACAUGAAGAAAUUGAGUAUUUUGGUACGCUGGUUUUGGGGUCAGCAUUACUACUUUCAACAUAGAAUUAUGUUUUCCAAUACACUGAUUGUACUGACUUUCAACAUACAAUUAUGUUUCCAAUACACUGAUCAUCAAAUUAAUCGCACCAAACACUGUCUAACCAAUGAAAGAGGAGCUCCAAAUAGAUUUGAUUAAUAAGGAAUCAACCCUAGGUAAUUUCAUUCCUUGAGGGGAUGGAAUUUUAAGAACAAGGCUGGAACACUAUUGAAGUUUGCCUUGAGAGUUCUUUCGUGGUGUUUUUGAUUGAAACAAAAGGGAAGAACCUUUGAAGAUAAGUCCAUGUCUUUUGAUUUUUGAUUUUUGUUUUUUGAUUUUUUUUUUUAUUAUUAUUAUUUUUUAUUUUUUUUUAGAUUUUGCACAGCUGAAUGCUCUUGGUGAUGCCAUAGCUAUAGAAAAAUCUUUUGUAAUUCCCCUUCAUCAAUGACUCUUUUUGACUGGAAGGUAAUUUGUAAGUAGUUUUAAUUGGGUGGGGACUAUCUCAUCCCCUAUCUCUUAGGCAGUCUUCUUUGUUUUGUUGCAGAAUGCAUAUUCUAGUUUCUUACAAAAAUAAUAAUAAUAAUAUAACAGAGAAAAUCAUGGUUUGUGUU